AUGCUUGCCGUGGACAAGGCAGCCAUCGAAGAGGACUGCUCCGGCGACGAGGGCGAGGACGCCUUCCAGGACGGGGACGGGGACGACGGGCAGGGCGAGCCCGGGACCGGCCCGUACGCCACGCUGUCCGAGCAGGGGCCCGUGCACUCCCUGGGCAGCAGUGACCACCCGGACGAGUGCCAGCCCUGCACGUUCUACUGCUUCACGCGACGCGGAUGCAAUAGAGGCCUGGAGUGCAAGUUCUGCCACCUCGCCCACCAGUCGAAGCUGCAGCUGCGGCGGGAGUCCUGGAAGAAGCAGCAGCGCGAGAAGCGCAAGGUGGUGACGCGGAGGAGCUGCGACCGCGGCGGCUACGACGACCGACGCCCUCUCGCGGCGGACGGCGCCGGGCGGAACGACAGGGCCAGGCCGAGCGGCAAGGCCGCCCUCGGGUCCCGGGCCGGCGGCGAGCCGAGCGGUGGCAAGCCCGCCGUCCUCUACUACGAGCCAGCUAGCGCCGUGCUCUGUGUGGGCCAGGAAGUGGAGCUUCAGCCCAUCAUGUCCGGCGUGCCCACCAGCUGGCGCCUCGCUUCACCUUUGCCGCAGGGCCUCGCCCUGGACCCGCUGUCGGGCAUCAUCAGCGGGACGGCGACCGCCGCGCACCCGCCCACCACGGUCACCGUCGAGAUGGACACCCUCGGCGGCCAGCUGCACGCGACCGUGGACCUGGAGGUGGUCGACUUCACGCGCGGCGGCUACGUCGUCGGCCACCUCGACGAAGUCGAGCCUGGCAGGUUCAUGAUGCUCCUCUACGUCCCCGACGACACCAGCCGGGGCGACGCCGUGGGUCCCGCUGCGGGUGACCAGAGGGUCAACGUUCCCCUCCUCCGCCCUGCGCACGCGCAGCCCGCGGGGUACGCCGCGCAGAAGCCCAGGACCCACGACGCGCCGCCGCGGCGUCAGCAGCAGGGCGGCGCCGAGGGCUCGCAG